AUGUGUACAUCGAACUGUGAGGUAAAAAGCCAAAUCGCUGAGCUGCUGACAAUGCUGGAGCCAAUAUGGACCAAAUUAAACCAGCUCAAAAAACUUUAUCCUGACGAAAUUAGCUCCGUGAGUUCGGACAAAGCCGAUAAAUCGGCAAACUCACGUACUGAGCCCAUGGAUGAAACACCAUCACCAACUCAAGCUCAGCAACAAAUAUCGGACAACGUUUCAAACUCGGGUUUACCGCUUGGAGACUUGCAAAAUGUAAACAUUUCACGGCGGAAUAAAAGCAAGCGGCCCAGACUUGACUCGGAAGAACUGAACUCUUCAGAUGAAGAGCAAAGUGACACUUCACCGCUGUGCAAAUUGGUUUUUAGUCGUGAUGCCAGUGGGAACUGUGGACAAAACGGUGCAAAUUCAAAGCCCGUUGAUACUAUAUUGAUGCGCUCGGUUUAUUUAACCGAAUUUCUACCGACAACCGAGCCUGCCGACAUUAUUAAUCACUUGAAUAGCAUUGAAACCGUCCGACCAUUGACAAGUGAUUUCAAAAUAACCAAGCUCGUAAAGAAAGACAACAAAAUGGAGUUGUCAUUUGUGUCAUUCAAACUUGAUGUUCCUCGCCAACACUUUGACAAGGUAAUAGCGGCAGGUAUUUGGCCCAAGAAAAUCAAAGCCACCGAAUUUCAGGUCAAGUCUAUGAAGUCAUCUGCACCGGCAAACCGUCCCAAAACUCAUGACAACCAACAAAUUCGGUCGCAACUACAAAAUUUAUCAGCAAAGGCCGCUCAUAUAAAUUCAAAAAACUCCAUUGGCACAGUGAAAACUCAACGGUUGGAACCGGCAAUGAAUGUAUCAAACAGGCAUUGCAACAAACGGCCACUGCAGCGCCCACGGAGGGGUCGGCGCCAACGCAACCAGCCGAAUUGUGUCAAAAGAGCUGUUGUCUCCAACGUCAGCCUCAACCCGUCGUGAAGAGACAGCACAACGGCUGCACAGGUCACUACGAAGGAAAUCUUCACGAUUUUCAUCGCCGAUGUUGCAACUAGAGUCAUGCACAUCGGAUGAACACUGCGUUUUGUGUACAAUCUAUUACCAAAACUGUCGUAGCAUAUGCAACAAACACAAACGCUUCUUUUGUACCGCCGCUUCCUGCAAUCACGAUAUGAUAAUUUUAACUGAAACGUGGCUCAGAAAUGAUAUUUAUGAUGCUGAAUUUUUUGACGAUUCAUAUUCUGUUUUUCGUAAGGAUACACUUUUUCAACGUGGCGGCGGUGUACUAAUUGCAACCAAAAACGAAAAAUUUGCCAGUGAAGAGAUUAAAAUUGCCGGUGCCGGCCGGUGCUGACCAUUUGGAAUACGUUUGUGUGAAAGCUACUACUAAAUCACAUGUCAUCUACAUCUACUGUGCAUACAUUCCACCAAAUUUACCGCAAACAGUCUACGAAUCACAUUUAACAGCCAUGUACAAAAUCGCUACCGAUCCUGAUGAUGUUGUUAUUUUUUUUGGUGAUUUUAAUCUGCCACAUAUGGAAUGGUCACCGAUAGCGACGACGACAACAUCAUGAUUCCAACUAAAUUUGCACCUGAGUACACGGCCACUUUCAUCCAGGGACUCAUGAGCAUGGGAGUUCAUCAGGUAAAUCAUGUACGUAAUGAUUCAAAAGAACGACUAUUGGACCUGUUCUUUACUAAUGAUUUUACCAACAUCUCAAUUGAGCGUGUUAACGAGGCUAACGCACUGACGGAAGUGGAAGAUCAUCAUCUACCGAUAAUGGCUACAUUUGAGUGGCAUGGAAAUAAUACGACUGAAGCUAAUAUUACAACAAAGGCAUUCAAUUUCAAACGGGCCAACUACAGGGACAUGAAUGCACAUCUGGCAAAUGUCAAUUUUACCGAGUUGUUCCAUGGAAAGACAAUCAUCGAGAAGGUGAACUUGCUGCAUAAAAUUUUGGACUAUGCAAUCAUCAAAUUUGUGCCUACUUACAUUGUCAAGUCGAUACAAAAAUGUCCAUGGAAAAACAAAUUCCUAAUUACACUAAAAAAUAGGAAAAAUAAAGCAUGGAAACGUUACAGACGAUCAGGCUAUCAUCAUUCGCUUGAAUGGAAAUACAUUUUGGCGUCUCGUGAAUUCGAUAAACUCAACACGGAACUAUACAACACAUACGUGGACAAAAUGAAAUCCUUGCUCAAGCAUGAUGCGUCGAGAUUUUGGCAAUAUGUCAAUUCAAGAAAGAAAUUUUGCGUACAGGAUACAGGGUACAGCGUACAGACAUACAUGCGGAUCCCCCAAAAAGGUGAUUUUCGGGUCUGGGAGGAUGAGAAAUGGAUAGAAAACAUCAUUUUAAGGGGUCAAAAAAUUUGGGCCGAAACCAAUACUUUUCUUCCCCACACUCCGCCACACUCAUAUCGUGUUCCAUGACAUGUGGGGGGAUAGUAAAACUUCUUUCGAAGUAAUUCCUCGUGACGAAAGCGAACACAAAACAGCUGAUAUCAAUUUUAAAGAAUCAUUUCGGAGCGAUUUUGAUUUGCUUUUUUUGCAUUCUUCCAAUUAAUUUCAGAAUCGCUCUGUAAUGAUUUUUUAAAAUUGAUAUCAGCUGUUCUGAGUCCACUUUCGUCCGCUUUCGUCACGAGGAAUUACUUCGAAAGAAGUUUUUUAUUUGAUUAUUAAAUACCGUCAAAUACCCAUCGAUACAUAUUAUAUUUGGCCUUACCCAAUUAAUUCUAGUCGAUCUUAGUGUGUAUUUGAGUGCUUCCCUGCCAUUUCUAGCGAUAUAUAGGCAUCCCGAUAACUGAAUCGAACUGAAUUCACAAGAUUGAUUGAAUUCAGCCCCAAAUUAAAAGUAUAAACUAUAAUAUAAUAGCUAGGUCAGUUCGAGUCAGCUGACUAAAGUAACAAGAAUUUGCUGUCUCCUCACGUCUCCUCAUGAAUAAAAACAGACUGACGCCGACUGAUGAGAGGAUAAAAUCGAGUGUGGGUUGAUAGAGAAAUUUUUCCGGGAAAUUAUUCAAACCUCGUCAAACCUGAAAUAAUCUCAAAAGUAUUGAAUGAAGAAAUCGUAUUACAUUAACGUACAUUAAACGUCAAAAUGAUUUUUAAUCGUUUUUAAUUCACACACAAAUGACACAAACGGACACAAAACACAUUAGCUAAUCGAAACACUCACACAAAUUUUAACUGUUGGCUCUAUUUAUUUAUCUAUCGUUGGGUUAUGGUUUUAUCGGGUUUGAUUCGGUUUGAUUAUCAGUGGUAAGUGACUUUUGAUGUAAACGUAGAAGCGCAUAGAAGAAGAUGGUGUGACGUUUUUUACGAAUUACAGCAGUCGUAAGGCACAAGAAAUUGUAUGAAAGAAAUCAUACCAAAUCAUACCGAAUCAUACUAAUGAUUCCGGAUGAUUCAGCAACCAAAUAGAACCAAAUGGAGAAAUUAAUUACGAAUUUAUGAAUGAACUCUAUUGCAUUCGAUUGUAAUUUAUUUACCUAUUUAUACUCUAGGAAUCAAAUCCAAGUGUAGCGGCCCCGAGAAUGAUUACCAUGAUCAAUAAGAAUCCGAAUUCCGAGAAUGCAUCCGGAUGGACUCUAGACAGUGGAUAUGCAAACCUAUCUUCUGAGACAAAUUACCCGUUUCAGAUGAUUCAGUCAGUAUACUGACUACAGUCUCCCAAUAUUUAAUGUUGAUCCUUACAUCUUAUCGAAGUUACAUAGAUUACCAAUGCAGAGGAAUCGACCAGGGGUUUAAAUUAGUUUUGACUACGCCCAGUGAAACAUCGAAACCAUCACGAAAAUACGUACGGCUUCCGAUUUUAACACAAAAUGCGGUUGACAUCAGUCUAAACGUAACGAAACGUAAUCACAGCUACAGAAGGAGUACGCGAUUAUGAGCCACAUCAAUGAAAAUGUCUCUACAGCUUUGAUCGUUCGUUGCGUUUCUUCCGGUUUCUUCAAAAUCUAUACGAAAAUCAAUUGCGAGGAGGAGUGUUUGGCCAACUUCACGAGAAUCGAGUGUGGUUGUGUGAAAUUUUCGAUGAGACAAACCGAAACACAUAAAAACUUGCGGUGGGGCAUAUGUAAAGUGGUACCAACUGGCUGCAGCUGGCAAAAAGAAAACGAUUUACCAUUAGCAAUGGCAAAGCAUUCUAUGACAAAUGCAACUGUUUGCCGUCGUGUACGCCUCAGUAUACAAGUGUUUACCUAUAUUUUGGAAAAUAAAAUUCAAAACCAAUGAACAGAAAA